CUUCACAAAUAGACGAUCUUUGUGGCCUGGUCAGCUGACCCAGGGACGUACGAGUUACAAAACACGAGCAGCUCACACACGGUGACUCGCUGUGUUUUGUGUCUGGAGCAGAAGUCGUGAGGUUCACCUUGAUCCUUCAGACUGAAUGUGAACCACGGAGCAUGCUGACAGAUGGAUCCGGCUUCAGCUCCGAUGCAGAGCGACUGUGAGACGGAGCCAAACGCAGUGUGGAGCUGGUGGCCCUCCUGGCGUCCGACCUCCAUGUCCCUCUUGAAGACAACAGAGUCUAGGAUUCUUGCCUGCAUAAAAAAUGACCUGUGGGCCCGGUUUGUGACGUUACCAAACCAGGAUCGGCUAUGGACUUUGACUCUCACUAACAAGAUGGUUCGCAAACCUGCAGCCCCUAAGACUCCCCUGGUGAUGGUCCAUGGCUUUGGAGGAGGGGUGGGGCUGUGGAUCAGAAACCUGGACGCGCUAAGCAGGUCACGGCCCAUCUACGCCUUCGACCUCCUGGGCUUUGGCAGGAGCUCCAGGCCUCCUUUCCCCUCAGAUGCCGCCAAGGCGGAGGAGCAGUUCGUUGAGUCCAUUGAACAGUGGAGACAGUCUGUGGGCCUGGAGAACAUGAUUCUGUUGGGGCACAGUCUGGGGGGGUACCUGGCUACCUCCUACGCCAUCCAGUACCCUUCAAGAGUAUCACAUCUUAUCUUGGUAGACCCCUGGGGUUUCCCUGAGCGACCCAAUACACAGAUUGAGGCGAAUCGCGAUCAGGGGACAGAUGUGGUGAGAAGGUCGUCCCCUCCACGCUGGGUGAAAGUUAUUGCAGCGGUGGUCUCCCUCUUUAACCCACUGGCUGUCAUUAGAGCGGCAGGCCCAUGGGGUCCAGGGUUGGUGAACAGAUUCCGCCCUGAUUUCAAAAGGAAAUUUGAAGAUCUGUUUGAUGACGAUACUAUGACGCAGUACAUCUACCACUGUAACGCACAAACCCCGAGUGGUGAAGUGGGUUUCCGUGUCAUGUCGGAGUCUCUGGGCUGGGCCAAGAGGCCGAUGCUGCAUCGGGUUGACCUGCUGCCGCCCUCCAUGCCCCUCACCAUGCUGUAUGGAGAAUCUUCCUGGGUGGACAGCUCAUCGGGCGACAGAGUGAUCCAGAUCAGGAACCAGGCCAACACCAAACUGCUGCUGAUAAAUAAAGCCUCUCAUCACUUGUAUGCUGAUCAACCAGAAGAGUUCAACAGAGUGGUGGAAAAUAUAUGUAACUCUGUUAACUGACUCUGUGUGUGUGUUCCUGUACUUACAUCUUUGUGAGGAGCAUUUUAAGCAUCGACCUUACAAAGUGAGGACAUUUUGGGAAAGUGAGGACAUUUUGGCCAGUCCACACUUCCUUAAAGGGCUGUUUUAGGAUUAAGUCUUGGUUUUAUGGUUAGAGUUAGGUUUAGGUUAGGGUUAGGCAUUUAGUUUGGAUAGUUAAGGUUAGAGCAAGGAGCUAGGGAGUGCAUUAUGCCAAUAAGUGUCCUCACUAAGAUAGAAGUACAAAUGUGUGUGUGAGUGUGUGAGAGUGUGAGUGUGAGAGUGUGUGUGCACUGAAUGUAUAGAGACAGUUCAUUAUGGUGGUUUUAGCAGUGUAAUCUUUGCAUGUCAAGCAUCCUGGAUGCUGCUCUUCUCUAUAACAAGUUAUUACUGACAUACAAUUAAUGUUUGGUAUUUAUUACACCAAUUUAUUUAGAAUUAGAAACGAUUUAUAACAUGUAUUUUUUUUUAUUCUGCCAUGUGUUCAUACAAAGUAUUUAAAGGUCUGAUUAAACCAACACUAAAAAAUGCAGUUAUGCUGUAAUAGUUUAUAACAAAGCAGCCACCAGUCUACUGACUCACAGUUUAUAUGUGCCUCACAUCAACCAAUAAGCUCUGGAUGUAAUAUUUUCUUUGACUUCUGUACCUUUCCCACUGUAUCAAAGAGACGAUUGUGUUUUAUACCUUGAAAACAAUAAAAGCUUAUUCGUCGACCAUGUC